AUGAGCGGAAGGCGAGCAGUUACCACCCUCCUUCGCGCUGCCGCGCAGGCGCGUCGGUAUUCGUCGUCGUCGUCAUCCGUGGCGACAGCGCAUCAGCCGGCGGUGUUCGUGGAUAAGACGACACGUGUGCUGUGUCAAGGCAUCACGGGGAAGAACGGCACCUUCCAUACGGAGCAGGCCAUCGAGUACGGCACCAACAUGGUGGGCGGCGUAGUUCCGAAGAAGGGCGGGUCGGAGCACCUGGGCUUGCCCAUUUUCAACACCGUCGAGGAGGCCAAGAAGGCCACCGGCGCCAACGCGUCCGUGAUCUACGUGCCGCCGCCAUUCGCGGCGGCGGCGAUCAUGGAGGCCAUGGAGGCGGAGCUGGACCUCGUCGUCUGCAUCACCGAGGGCAUCCCUCAGCACGACAUGGUCCGCGUGAAGGCAGCGCUGAUGCAGCAGAGCAAGACGAGGCUGAUCGGUCCCAACUGCCCGGGCAUCAUCAAGCCGGGCGAGGCGAAGCUGGGCAUCAUGCCCGGCUACAUCCACAAACCCGGCCGCAUCGGCAUCGUCUCGCGCUCCGGCACCCUCACCUACGAGGCUGUGUACCAGACGACGCAGGUGGGGUUGGGGCAGUCGACGUGCGUGGGCAUGGGCGGCGACCCCUUCAACGGCACCAACUUUGUCGACUGCCUUGACAAAUUCAUUAAAGACCCCCAGACUGAAGCACACCCAUUCAACGGCACCAACUUCGUCGACUGUCUCAACAAGUUCAUUAAAGACCCGCAGACCGAAGGCAUCAUUCUGAUUGGUGAGAUCGGAGGCAGUGCAGAGGAGGAUGCAGCGGAGUUUAUCAGGGCGAGUGGCACCACCAAGCCCGUCGUCUCCUUCAUCGCCGGCCUCACUGCCCCGCCCGGCCGCCGCAUGGGGCAUGCAGGAGCGAUCAUCAGCGGGGGCAAGGGCACGGCGCAGGACAAGAUCAAGGCACUGGAGGGCGCAGGAGUGAAGGUGGUGCGCUCACCCGCUCAGAUCGGCAACGCCAUGUUUGCUGCCUUCAAGGAGCGUGGCCUCGUGUAG